GGGCAGCGGGGUGAGAUGGCUCGAUCUCUUUCCGCCGCGGCGGCCAUCGCCGUGGUCCUCCUCUGCCUCUCCGGCCUCUGCCGCGGCGCCGAGCGGCUCGGGACGAGGGAGUGCGAGGAGCUGGGGUUCACCGGCCUCGCCCUCUGCUCCGACUGCAACGCGCUCGGCGAGUUCGUCAAGGACCAAGAGCUGGUGGAGGACUGUCGUAAAUGUUGCACGGAGGAUUCAGAUGAUUCUAUCAGCAAGCUUGUAUUCUCUGGUGCAAUUAUUGAAGUAUGCAUGAGAAAGCUGGUUUUUUAUCCGGAAGUCGUUGGAUUCCUCGAAGGGGACAAAGAUGACUUCCCUUUUGUAGAAACACGGUCUGCUUAUGGCUCUCCACCAAAGCUCAUAAUGCUUGAUGACAAGGGUGAGCAGAAGGAGACUAUAAGGAUCGACAAUUGGAAGCGCGAGCAUAUUCGCCAAUUCCUCAAGGAGAAAGUGAAGCCAGCAAAAUCGGACAGCUGAUUAAUUUUGACAUGUUCCUCGAACUGUAGAACCUAUAUGUAUGUUGGCUCUUCUGCAAGCAAAAUCCUGGUCAUCGGUGAUCUGUACCUUAAACCUUGUAGCAUUCCUACACCUGAACUGCUUUUACAAUACAGCCUGUUGUAUAUGA